CUCGCUGAGCGAAGGGAUGCCGGGCACCUAGGCCUCCUCCUGCCAAAGCUUCCGGGGGGUGGGGCAGGGGGCUCUGACCUGCUGACCAGCCGGGGUCCCAGCCAGCCGGCCCUCAGCCGGCCCUCAGUCGGCCCUGCUCCUCACUCCGGUUGCUGACCUCAGCUCCAGGCCAAACAGAAAGCAAGAUCUCAGAGCCAGCAUGGACCCCGACAGCGAUCGGCCCCUGAACAGAGACCGGCCCCCCAACAGCGACCGGCCCCCGAACAGCGACCCGCCCCUCGACAGGACCCGCCUGCGCAAACCCCGCACUCCCCUGGAGACCUUCAAGAAAGUGGGGAUCCCCAUCCUCGCAGCACUGCUGAGCCUGGCGAUCAUUGUCAUCCUGGCUGUGCUCAUCAAGGUCGUCCUGGACAAGUACUACUUCCUCUGUGGGCGGCCCCUCCACUUCAUCCCCAGGCGGCAGGUGUGCGACGGCCAGCAGGACUGCGCCUCGGGGGACGACGAGCGGCUCUGCGUGGAGAACUUUCCCGAGGGGCCCCCAGUGCCAGCCCGCCUCUCCAGCGACAGGUCCACCCUCCAGCUGCUGGACCCAGCCACGGGGACCUGGGUCUCUGCCUGCUUUGACGGCUUCACGGGAGCCCUGGCCCAGACGGCCUGUGGGCUGAUGGGCUUUCACAGCAAACCCACCUUCCAAGCCGUGAAGAUCCGUCCAGACCAAGAGCUGGACGUGGCUGUCAUCACAGCGGCCAGCCAGGAGCUCCAGGUGCAGAGCCCCAGCCGGCCCUGCCUCUCGGGCUCCCUGGUCUCCCUGAGCUGCCUGGCCUGCGGGCACAGCCUGAAGGCCCCGCGCGUGGUGGGCGGGCAGAAGGCCUCCGUGGAGUCCUGGCCGUGGCAGGUCAGCAUCCAGUACCACCAGCAGCACGUCUGCGGCGGGAGCAUCCUGGACCCCCACUGGGUCCUCACCGCGGCCCACUGCUUCAGGAAGCAUCUCGACGUGCCCGGCUGGAAGGUGAGGGUCGGCUCAGACACACUCCGCAGCUUCCCAGCCCUGCCUGUGGCCAAGAUCUUCGUCACCGAGCACAACGCCUCGGCCCCCAAGGAGAAGGACAUCGCCCUGGUGAAGCUGCAGGACCCACUCACACUCUCAGGCCUCCUCAGGCCCAUCUGCCUGCCCUUCUCUGACCAGGAGCUCCCUCCGGCCACCCCGCUGUGGGUCAUCGGGUGGGGCUUUACAGAACAGGGUGCAGGGAAGAUGUCUGACGAGCUGCUGCAGGCUUCGGUCCAGGUCAUCGACAGGGCGCGGUGCAACGCGGAGGACGCGUACCAGGGGGAGGUCACCGCGGAGAUGCUGUGCGCGGGCGUCCUGCAGGGCGGCGUGGACACCUGCCAGGGAGACAGCGGGGGGCCCCUGAUGCAUCACUCCGACCUGUGGCACGUCGUGGGCAUCGUGAGCUGGGGCCACGGCUGUGGGGGCCCCAGCACCCCGGGAGUGUACACCAAGGUCGCAGCCUAUCUCAACUGGAUCCACCGGGUCCGCAAGUCGCAGCCCUGAUGCCGCUGCCCCCUGCAGGCCUGGGACCUGCUCCCCCCUGUGCUGCCCCCCUCGGCGACCCCGGAAGCCAGGAUCCGGGCAAGCGCCCCCGCGCACGCCUCUCUGCCCACAGCCUCCGCAUGUCCCGUGCGGCUGAGGGCCCCGUCCCUGUGAGAGACCCUGUGGCCCACAAGAGCCCAAGAGGAGCUCGACAGCCCCGCUCACAGCCCCGCUCAGCCACCCCUGGUGCUCCCCGCACCCCCGGAGAGACUCCGCCCCGGGGCCCAGGCCAAAGGCAUUGCCAACCCCGAAGAGCAGCCCCACUCUGCUGAGUAGACGUAGACUCUCUGGGGAGAGCCCCGUCAUUGAGAGCUGGGCUGGCGGGAGGAGAGGGUCUGAGCGAGCCUGGCCCCCGCCACGCACCCCCACGCCUCCCAGGCAGAAGGCAGCUGUGGUGGAAAAUGCACUGUCCUCGGGGCGCAGCGACUGUACCUGCUGCUGCUGCCACGCUGCCUGUGCGUGACGUCUGACACGUCUGGCUGGGCUGCUUCGUCAGAACUGAGCUAGGACUACUGGGCCACAAUCUUCAUUUUUUAUUUAAUUUUAUUUUC